GUGUCGUGACAGUGAAAAAAAUCCUACAACUUGAGUCCGAAAGCGGAAUUCCCCUCCUUCUUUCAGAUUAUGGAGUCCUGAAGGAUAAAUAGACAUCAGGGAUUGUUCCAAACCAUCAUUAAAGCAGUUGCGUCCACAAAUCAUCUGUUCAGCAAAUACAGGGACAAAAGCGAUGAGUAAGUAGAAAGUCACACAUUGUUACAGUUAAUGUUUCACACCAUGUAGAGUAGAGCUCAGACGUCAGAUUUCACCAAAACGUAUCCAUUUAUCUUUCCAGCAUCUUCUACCUCCGACAACAUGCUGUCUAGUUUGACACUUCUCCUGGCUCUGACGUCACUAGCAUGCAUAGGAUCCGUCUCUGCUCUGCCGCUGACGGAAGGUUUACGGCGAGACCCCACCUCAGACUUUGGAGGACCACAGCCGCUGGACUUCAGUUCUCUGAGUGGAAACUGUCUGCUUAUUGCACGGCGUAUUUGGUCCCUUAGUGUCAUUCUGAAGACUCAGCUUUGUGACGUGGAUUUGGUAUGUGAUACCAGUAUGGCUAUGAUAUUGCACAAUAGUGUGCAGUUUCCAAAAAUUUCAAAGGAAGAUGGAUGUUAUGCUUCUGAUUUCAAUAAGCAAAAAUGCUUUCGGAAGAUUGCCAGUGGUCUUUAUGUGUACCUUCCAUAUCUGCAGCUUGUACAAAAUGCCUUUGCUGGUGAGGAGAAGAAAAUAGAGAACAUACAACAUACUACCAAGCAUCUUGCUGAUGUAAUUAAAAUGGCGCUAAACAAUACUUCCAAUGUGAAGGAAAUGGACAAGAAUCAACAAACGGUUCUUGAAUCCCUGCCUUCUGAUCAGGAAUGGACAAGAAAACUGACUAUCAGAUUUAUACUUACAGAUUUUGCCAACUUCAUGGAGAAAACUAUUAGAGCUGUUCGCCAUGUUCAGAAUAGUUAAACUGACAUGUACCAGUCUGAAGAGUAAGAACGUUUUAGUUCAAGAAUCUUAGUAAAACUUUCUACAGCGUUAUAGACUCCUAGAGAAUCAUAAGUACUGCACAUUGCAGAAAAAACAUUAAUAUUUAUUCUGUUCAGAAUGAUAUUUUUUGACUAUUUAUAAAAUCUUAAAUUAUGGUACCUUGCAUUUGUAUCCAUUUUUUGCCUGUUGCAGAAAAUGUUUAAUGUAUUUUAAUUAUGUAGUUAUUUAUUGGAUUAUUGUCAUGUUAAUUUAUAUUUUUAUAAUUUCAUGGGAAGUGAAUUAUGGUACUUCAUGUUUUUAAUAGAAACAGAAGUGUAUUGCCUGAUGCAGAACAAGUUAAAUAUAU